CCCGCCCCUAUGAAAGCUUAACGGGAAGUUGAAUGCAUACAGGCAGGCUGACCGGAGAGACAAUACUCUAGGUUAGCUAGAUAGCAAUGUUCUAAUCGUUGACCUUUUUAUUUCUCAAGACUGGAUAUUCAAGAGGUAGGAGAGUAGGAAACAUGGCAACAUAUUUGCUUGAGCAUCGACAUACAGCGCCGAAACUAUGCGUCUUACUUUUCGUCUUCCUCCUUUUUGUUGUUGGCCCCAUCACGGCUCUCAGCGUCGGCGAGGCGAGGCUUGUCAGAAGCAACACCUUCGCGGAAGUGGAGGUAGAAGACUAUACAAAAUACUACAAUUAUGUCGAAAUGACCCGGCUACUGAAGUUCAUGGCCAUGAAAUACCCUUAUAUCUCCAACCUGUCCAGUAUAGGCCAGUCGGUGCAGGGCAGGGAGUUGUGGGUUAUGCGAAUCACAAAGGACCCCAACGCUGACGUACCGGGGAAACCCAAAUGUAAAUACGUGGGGAACAUGCACGGGGACGAAACUAUCUCGAGGCAGGUGUUGGUGUACCUUGUGAAUUACCUACUGACGAGGUAUGGAGAGGAUCCGCGUAUCACGGAGUUGUUGACGAGCACGGAUAUUUACAUUAUGCCCAGUAUGAACCCAGACGGGUUCGAAAGGUCCAGAGAGGGGGACUGUAGUGGCGACGCUGGGGGUCGUUCCAACGCCAAGAACAUGGACCUCAAUAGAAGUUUUCCUGACCAGUUUGACAAAAUCAACGUCCAGCAAGACGAUGUUCCAGAGGUUACAGCUGUCAUUAAAUGGAUCCUGGAGAAAAAGUUUGUCCUGUCAGGGAACCUGCAUGGUGGCACUGUGGUGGCCAGCUACCCCUUUGAUGACUCGGCCUCCCACAAGAUGCAGGGUUACUACAGCAGCUCUGUGGACGACAACCUGUUUAAACACCUGGCGCUGACCUACGCCAAGAACCACCCCGUCAUGAGGACCGGGGAACCCAAGUGCCCAGAUACCCCCGAUGAAACUUUUGAGGAUGGCAUCGUCAACGGGGCAAAGUGGUACGAUGUACCCGGAGGCAUGCAGGACUAUAACUACCUGAAUGGAAACUGCCUGGAGAUCACCAUGGAACUGAGCUGCUGUAAAUUUCCACCGGCCUCCGAGUUAAAGAAAGAGUGGGACUAUAACAGGGAGUCACUCAUUGCCUACCUGGAGCAGGUUCACAUUGGAGUUCGAGGCUAUGUGAAUGAGGCUACCAAUGGGACAGCUCUGCCUGAUGUCAGCAUCGUGGUGGCAGGCAUCAACCAUAACCUGACCACGGCCAAGUUUGGUGACUUCUACCGCCUGCUGCUUCCUGGGACAUACAAUGUCUCAGCUAUAGCCACAGGGUACAUGCCCAUGACAGUAGUUGGGGUUCAAGUGGUGGAGGGCAAGGCCACUGAGCUCAACUUCACCCUGGCACCCCUGGGAAAUGAACCCACAGGUGGCAUAACCGUACCCUUUACCGCUACCACUGUCUCUACCACAACCUCUGUCCCUACCACAACCUCUGACCCUGACUCCACCACCAUCGAAACCUCCAGCACCACCUCUGAGAUGGGGACCUCUGGGGCCAACGAGAGCUCCACUCCCCAGGAGGCUUGGCCCCAAGCCCAGCCUGAACACCAGCCCAUCCAACCACAGGACUUCCGCCACCACCAUUACAAUGACAUGGAGCUGUUCCUGCGCAUGUACAGCAACAGGUUCCAUUCCAUCGCUCAUCUCUACUCCAUUGGGAAGUCAGCAGAGGACCGUGAGCUCUACGUCAUGGUGAUAUCAGACAACCCCACCGUCCACGAGCCAGGUGAACCAGAGUUCAAGUAUAUAGCUAACAUGCAUGGAAACGAGGUGGUGGGACGCGAGCUGCUCCUCAACCUCAUUGAGUACCUGUGCCAUAACUAUGGCAGCGACCCUGAGGUCACCCAGCUGGUCAACACGACCCGGAUACACAUCAUGCCUUCCAUGAACCCAGAUGGUUAUGAGAUCGCCAGGGAGGGUGAUGUCAGAGGGUACACGGGACGCAACAACAGUAACAACUUUGACCUGAACCGUAACUUCCCUGACCAGUUUACUACCAUCACUGAACCCAGGCAGCCAGAGACCAUCGCUGUGAUGAACUGGCUCAAGAGUUAUCCCUUUGUACUCUCAGCCAACCUACAUGGAGGGUCAUUGGUGGUCAAUUACCCAUAUGAUGACGACAAGCAGGGACGUACGGAGUACAGCAAGUGUCCUGAUGACAAGGUCUUUAAACAGGUGGCCAGAUCCUACUCUCAGGAAAAUGCUCUGAUGCACAAAGGGCACCCUUGUGAGGACCUUUACCCUUCGGAGUUCUUUGAGGACGGCAUCACCAACGGCGCCAACUGGUACAAUGUUGCCGGUGGGAUGCAGGACUGGAACUACCUGAACACUAACUGUUUUGAGGUGACCAUAGAGUUGGGCUGUGUGAAGUACCCUAAGGCCCAACACCUGCCUUUGUACUGGGACCAGAACCACAGAGCCUUACUGCAGUACAUCCACCAGGUCCACAGAGGAGUAAAGGGCAUGGUGAUAGAUAUUAAAGAUGGUACAGGCAUCCCUAAUGCCACCAUCAUGGUGGAGGAGAUCGAUCAUCCAAUCACAACCAACCUAGCUGGAGACUACUGGAGACUUCUGGUCCCUGGGACGUAUCACCUCACCGCCUCUGCACGGGGGUACAACUCAGUAAAGAUCUACGCGACAGUGCCAGAGGAGGGGCUGGAGCUGGUAGACUUCCGGCUGACGCGGGUGCGUUCGGAGCCCAAUGGCCAGGCCCCCAAGGAUCCUGGAGCCACCCAGGACCCUGCAGAGGUGGUGUUCCAGAGCUUCAUUAAGGACCUGUCUCUGGGCCAGGGGCUGGAGCAGCUGGUUCAGAGUACCAUCACAGAGAGCAGCUUCAGAUACAGACGCUACAAAGAGCUGUCAGAGUUCCUGAGGGGUUUGACGCUCAACUUCCCCAAGAUCACCUCCCUGCAUAGUUUGGGCCAGAGUGUGGAGUACAGGACCAUCUGGGCCUUGGAGAUUUCCAACAAACCAGACGAGCCUGAAACGGCCAAGCCCAAGAUACGCUUGGUGGGAGGUAUCCAUGGCAAUGCCCCCGUUGGCACAGAGCUCCUGCUGGAGUUCGCUGCCUUCCUCUGCAUCAACUACGACAAGAACCCCACCAUCACCAGGUUGAUUAACGAGACGCGGAUCGUCAUCCUUCCCUCCAUCAACCCAGAUGGACGAGAGCUGGCCAGAGAGAAACAGUGCACCUCUACUGUGGGCAUGACCAACACACACGGGAAAGAUCUGGACACUGACUUCUUUGGUAAUGCCUCCCAGCGGGUGGUGGAGGCUCAGCCAGAAACCAGGGCAGUGAUGGACCUGAUCUUAGAGAGGGGCUUCACACUCUCUGUAGCCCUGGAUGGAGGCUCCCUGUUGGCUACUUACCCCUACGACAAGCCUGUACAGCCAGUUGAAAAUGAGGAAACGCUGAAGUACUUGGCCAAUGUGUAUGCCAGCAACCAUCCCAAGAUGCACCUGGGGGAUACGGGAUGUCCAAGCAAUGGCCAGAUGGGUAACAUCCCAGAUGGAGUACUCAGAGCAGCAGAGAGACAAAGUCACAUGGGCAGUAUGAAGGACUUCAGUGUGGACUUUGGCCACUGUCCAGAGAUCACGGUGUAUACAGGCUGCUGUCUGUUUCCCCCGGCCAAACAGCUGGCCACGCUGUGGGCUGAGAAUAGGAAGGCACUGCUCAGCAUGCUGGUGGAGGUCCAUAAAGGUGUGCGUGGCAUGGUGAAGGAUAAGAGUGGGAAGCCCAUCGUGGGGGCCAUGAUAGUGUUGAACGGAGGUGUGAGGGUGUUCACUGCAGAGGGAGGCUACUUCCAUGCUCUUCUGGCACCAGGAAACCACAACAUAGAGGCUGUGGCUGAUGGCUACCAGCAACAACGGCAGGAGGUGGUUGUGUCGUCAUAUGAAGCUGCCAGCUCCAUCAUCAUAGAGUUUGACAUGGACAACCGCAUUUUUGGUCUGCCUCGAGAGUUUGUUGUGGCUACUGCAGCGGCCUCCAUGACGGCCCUGGUGGUGACAGCCUGUAUCAUCUGGUGUGUGUGCUCUGCUAAAUCCAACCAGCAGAAGGAUGGUUUCCACCGGCUGCGGCAGCACCGUGACGAUUACGAGGACGAGAUUCGCCUUACCUCCAUGGGCUCCAAGAAGUCCCUGCUCUCCAACGAGUUCCAGGAUGAGAGCGAAAGCGAUGAGGACACGCUCUACGCCAACGCCAACAAACUCUGAUAUCCCACAUACAUAUAUACUAUAGACAUACAUACAUGGCCAACCUGGGUCCUAUUCAUUAGGCACCAAACAGAUUAAAACAGACGGAAACAGAAACGCUUGUUUUUACUUUGUUGUUCGAAAACAUUUUGCUACAGUGUGCCCAAAUGAAUAUGACCCUGUUGUUAGUACUGGGCAAUUCCACAUUAACAGAGUGAUGCUGAGACUCCGAUUUAACACUUUAAAACAAAAACCAAUGAUUGCAAAGUUGAACACACUGUAAAACUCGAUGCACAAGGACUACUUUUAACCAUUUCCAUAGAACAUUUUACAAUAACACAUUUACUUGAAGAGCAGUGCAGAUACAAAGUUUAGUAGCAGAAUUACAGUUUGUGCUGUUGGGGCCAUCAUUCUGUUUCCAUUUUUUUAUUAUGUUCUGUGGAAAUUAUAGUAGAGUUAGAGUGCAUAGAGUUGUAUAGUUUUUGUUUGAAAUACAUUUUAAAGUGAAAAAUCUGAGUCUCACCCUGUUACUGUGGAAUUGCGCUACUACUACUGCCCCUCCCUGUGACUGUUGAGUUGGCCGUUGUUGUGCUCUGUGGCUAUGCUCUACUGGAGAGGACGAGGUGGAGCAGGGAGGGCUUGUUCUUGUCCGUCCCUAUAAGAUUCUCCAUUUGCCUGUCCUCCUCCCGCCCACCAGAGAGCGCUGUUUCAGAGACCACAACAGUCCUCUAUGGCUGGUGUCCAAGCCGAAUCGUCCAAAUUAACACCUGCUUUGCUCUGUUUACAGAUGCACACUAAAGGUCUAGUGGAGCUGGGCAACCUUUUUAUUUCUUCAUGCACGCAACACACACAUGCACACUUUUGCAGUUAGCCACUCAUCAACCUGUCCAUAUAUUUAUUUGAUACCUAAACGUGGAACUAGUACCAAUUAAUAUACCAAUUGCAGUCAUUUGAAAUUAUUAAAGAAAUGUCUGUUUCUCAAGGUUUUUGUACGUGUUGUCACAGUCCAGUUAGCCAGUCUUUCAGAGGGAGCAUCAAACACAGUGCCUUGGCUGAUGUAGAGUUAGACACGCCACUCUCUUUUAGGGCUACAGUACAGAAGCGUGGUGGUGUGGGUACUAGAUAUACUAGAAUCUUGUCCAGAUUAUGGUCUAGUACAGAUUAUGAUCUGUGAUCCAUCAUAUACUCAGGUGAUAUGGAAGACAUUAGUCUUCCAGGAUUCAUCCAGGGGUCUGGAGUAUUUUAAGAGAUGCACUCUUUCAGAGCAGAAGACUUACAAUGGGCUGGGUUCACAGGCUGCAUAUGUUUUCACUUCUAUUGCCCUCUGCUUAUUCAUGUGCCCUCUUGGACAUACAGCACAAGGCCCUCUGCAUUUUACUACAAGCACUGUAUGUUAAAUACAAAUACAAGAUUCCCCAUUUAAUUGUUCAGGGAAAGCAGUUUGAAAUGGAUGCAUAUACUGUAAAUCACAAAUGGAUGGUUUUCUUAAUGUUUUUCCAUUUGAAAGAGAAUCUAUGCUUUUUCUUUCUACACACGUUUCAUAUCUCAAAAUGACCCUUAAGAUGGCAAAUGACUUAGCCAUGCUUUAAUCAUCAGCUUUAAUCAUCAGCUUUAAUCAUCAGCUUUAAUCAUCAGCUUUAAUAAUCAGCUUUAAUCAUCAGCUUUAAUCAUCAGCUUUAAUAAUCAGCUUUAAUCAUCAGCUUUAAUCAUCAGCUUUAAUCAUCAGCUUUAAUCAUCAGCUUUAAUCAUCAGCUUUAAUAAUCAGCUUUAAUAAUCAGCUUUAAUCAUCAGCUUUAAUCAUCAGCUUUAAUCAUCAGCUUUAAUCAUCAGCUUUAAUCAUCAGCUUUAAUCAUCAGCUUUAAUAAUCAGCUUUAAUAAUCAGCUUUAAUCAUCAGCUUUAAUCAUCAGCUUUAAUCAUCAGCUUUAAUCAUCAGCUUUAAUCAUCAGCCGCAACAUAUAGAUGUAUUUUUUUUUUCAUGCAUUCAUGAUUUAUUUGUACAAAUCAUAAUUCUAUCAAAUCCUUGUGCUAGAUGUCAACCCUACAUUACUGAAUAGGUGCAGAACGUCUGCUCUAGAACCAUCCAGCAGUUGUGGGAGAGUGUUUAGAGAGGAGGGCAUCUUCCUCUACAAUAGUGGUCACCAACCCUGGUUAUGAGGAGUAUAAGGUGUGCAGACUUUUGUUCCAGUCCAACACUAACCCUCCCAAUUCUACUCUCAUCAAGGUCUUUUUGAGUAGCUGGUUAGUCGAAUCAGUUAUGUUAGUGCUGGGCUGGAACAAAACCCUGUACGCUAUGUAGUUUUCCAGGACCAGGGUGAAGGACCACUAGUUUACAGGGGUGUCUGACUCCUAUCAUCUCAGUUGCACAUCAUCAAUAUUGUAGCAACGCCAGGUAAUCUUAGGGGGAGAAAGUAAGUUAUUUUUCUAUUUGUUUUACAUUGUGUGUUUGAGAGGGAUGGAGAGUGUUAUCUGAAUGGAUGUUGGGGUUUUGAUGUAAAUGGUUAUUUUUGUUUCUUUUUAUAUGAAACUGAAUUGAUUGUAGAUAAUGAACUGUUGCCAAAUUUAUUUGAAUGAGGAAAAAUAAGUGCAAUUCAUGUUAACCCUGACUACAACACACAUUUCAUAACAAACCAACCUGUUAUGUUGUAUGUGGUGAUAUGACAGACAUGCUAACAUGAACACUUCAAGACAUUGACGAAUUAAACAAUAUGGAAAGAAAA